AUGUGCGUCGGGAACCUGCCCACUUCAUUCUAUAACAAAAUCAAGCAUAUGCCGUUUACUUUUGCCCUUAUGAAUCUAAAUAACCUACAGGGCCACUACAUAGAUGAUGUAGUCCCAUACCAUUCUAACAUCAUCGUCAUCAACUGCCAGGAUUUUAAUGACUAUGAAGCACUUAUAGUGAAAUUAGUUACUUCACCCUACUGGCACCCUCUAGCCAACAUCAUUUUAUAUUACAACAGAUUAGAAAACAAAGAAGUUAUGGCGAAGAUAUUCUUCAGCUUAUGGUACCAUAAAGCCAUUAAUACAAUACUGGUCCAGUACAACGAUGUAGAAGAUACAUUUCUUGUGUCCAAUUACACUCCGUAUGUCAAUGAGAAAUAUGAGGUACAACCGAGCAAUAAGUUCGGAUGUUGGACUAGGAGGAACCUUGGGAUCCCAGUUGUUAGUUUCGAAAAAGGAUUAACUUGCGUAGAAAAAUGUCAUAAUGUGACAAUACUUUCUAGACUAAGGGCCCAACACCUUGGCACCUGCAUUGGUUUUGACACAAUUCCUAUAAAAUCCACUGAAGAUCUGAAAAGCCUUAUUCUGUUUGAAGACAGGAGCAAGAAUUUACAUGGUUUCAUGUUUAGGUCAUAUGUUACUGAAGUCGAACCAUUUUCUUUAAUAGACGUGCACGAAGACGGAAGUUACACGCUGCGAGCGCGCGAUGGAAUGAUCUGGAACACGAUGUCUAAACUUAUGAACUUUGGUAUUGAUCUCAGUCCCAGUGUGAGCGUCAUGAAGAAACCUUUCAAUUUCGAAGUUAAUAUCGACCAGAUAUUCUCCUUUGCCCGUAGAAAGGGAGAUCUGUGUCUCUUUCCUAUUUACCAAUUCGAUGUCAUUGUUGUAGAAAUCGAUUUUACUUUUCCGUUUAAGGAAAGCGGUAUUUGCAUUGUGGCAGGACGCGCAGGCUUUGAAACUACUCUAUUUCAAAUGAAAAACUUGACAGUGAAUUUAAAAUAUUUACUCGUGUUCUACGGUUGUUUCGUAUGUAUUUGGAUGGUCUUCUCUCUCUAUAAAGCUGCUGAAAAGGGACAUUUUACUUGCGACCAAAUAGGAAAAGAUUUUAUGAAUGCCUGGAGGAACGUUCUAAUGUUAAAUCUUUGUAAUCCACCGAAGUACGAAUCUUUUCGUAUCUUCUUAACUAUAUGUUUAUGGAGCUUCUUUGUCUUAAAUUUUACGACUCAGGCAAAAAUAAUAUCAUUCUUCACUGCUGCUAAACGAGGUAAAGAGGUCGAUACCUUUGAAGAUGUUAUUGAAAAAGGAUACCCUAUUGAAGCAAUGGCGUCGCCUGAUUUGAUCCUUCCAGACACAGAGGAAAAAUUCAGAAUUAUCAAUUCAAGGCUGGUGUACGAACAGGAUAUUUACGGGUGUAUUACUCGCAUGGCAAGUGACAAUCGUCGAUUUUGCCUCAUAGAUUGCUCAGUGGGUCGAUACAUUAAACGGAACAAACUGAAUAACAAAGGGGAACAAUAUUUACACAUCGCUGAACGAGACAGAAUACAUAGCCAUUACUUGACCAUGGUGCUUUCCAAACAUUCUCCGCUAACAGACCGGUACAAUAGAUACAUGAUGAUGAUAUUCGAAGCCGGUCUGAUAAGAAAAUGGGAGCAGUACAGAUACACCGACAUAAAAGAUGAAGUCACUACUAAAGCACUGAGCAUCCAGGAUUUAAGCGGCGUUUUCAAAAUUUUAUGUUUUUAUAUAGGCCUCACUUUAAUUUCUUUUAUGUUUGAAUUGGCGAUACCCGCCGUGGAAUCGUGCCGGAAAAAAAUGACAAAAUUAAGAAAGCGUAAAUUCUUGACCAAAGUGCGAUAUGAUUAA